UCUCUUGAAGAUCCAUCUCUCUCUCGUCCAACAAUGAAGGUCUUCAUCAUCCUUUCUCUUGCUGCUGCUGCUGUUGCUCAAUUAGCGGCACCACCACAGUAUAAACCUAUUCCUUAUUCGUUCAACUACGUUGCCGAAAACGAAGACGGUGGAAGCAGUUCUCAUCAAGAAUCUGGAGAUGGCGCAGGACGGGUGUCAGGAUCUUAUAGCGUCAAUGAUCUGGAGGGACACGCUAGAGUUGUCGAGUACGUUGCUGACGAAGGUGGAUUCAGAGCCAAUAUCAGGAGCAAUGAACCAGGCAUAAUCAGCGCUGCUCCCGCUGAUGUCGUGAUUGAAUCUUCUGGUGGUUCUGGAGCCGUAGCCCCUGCCGCCGCUAGAGUAAUUUCCGCACCGGUUGCUGCCCCAGUUGUCCGCUCAACUCAACCUGCCUCUCAACCCGCCUCCAGAAGUGGAAUCCGUUAUGUUUUGGUCCCUGAAAGUGAUCCUAGAGCUGCUGGUGGAAUCCCGAUCUAAAUAUUGUAGUAGCUUCAUGUGAUGAUACUCUUAACAUCGGCUUUCGAACUGGGAACUAAUGAAAAUCAUUCCUAAAAAUG